GCCGUUACUGUGCGUCGGCUUUGCUGUUCACGUUGUGAACAGAGCAGCGCCACAGGGUGUCGAGUUCUUGUCGCGUUAGUUCUUUUUCACUGACUGAGAUUCAACUGUGUGAAAUAUGAGUGAGCAAGUAAGCUCAACAUCUAAAUCUGGAGAGAGAGGAGAUGAAGAACAAGAAUCUUCUCAGCCAGUUGAGCCUGUGGUUGCCGCCCAGCAGCCCAGUGAGGAGCAACCUCAACAAGAGGAGCCCCCAGCUGAAACUCAGGAUAUUGCACCUGGUCAGGAGAGAGAAGACGAAGGAGCGCCUGAGGUUCAAAAUGAAGAACCUGAUAUAGAAGCUAUUUUCCUGGAAUUCUCUCAGACAAAGACUGGAGGUCAACGUGGAGAUGGUCCUGAUGUAAGGGGGGAGCUUCUGUCAAAUCUAGAACCCAUUCAAGUGCCAGAAGCAGGUGAAGGGCAACCACAGGUUUAAAUGAAGACAAGGUGAAACAAUGCAAGCUGCUCCUAUACUGGAGGUUUGACUUAAAAUUAUCUCAAUAAAGUUUUACAGUU